AUGGAAAUACAGCAUAAAGUUGUACGUAUAAUAAUAUUGAUCAAAUCAUGUGCAAGAUGUCGUACAGGUGAUAUUCCUUUCAUCGUAACAUAUGGGCAGCGUGAGGUGACCAUUACUGCGUACAAAGAGUUGCCUAAAAUAGAGAGCUUUUGUGAGGCGGGAAGACAGGCGAGGAACGAGGUGGGGGCGGGGCGGUCGCCGGCUGCCCGCCGGCUCAGUCGCGCCGCGCCGUACAGCCGCCUCGCACGCUGCAUCACGGAACGUGCCUCUCGAACAGCGCACGCGCACGCGAGUCCCUCCCCCGCGCCGCCCCUCGUACAACACGUGCACACAAUACAAGCAAAACCCUUCAUAGAUGGUAACCAACUCACGUUGAAUAAAGUGUCACCAUGCAAGAGCAAAAUUCAUCAAGAUCUAGCAAGUCAACGUUAA